AUGUGGCAAGUAGGAUUAAGAUCUGGAGUGUUGGGUCUUAGGGAUUUUGGGAUUUUGGAGGUUUUCGGGGUGUUAUUGUUUGAUGAUUUGAUGCCUUUGACGGCUGAAGCCGUUUCUAGUUCCACGAAAAUGGGGUUGGAUGAGACCAACGACGGGGGAGAGAAGAGCGGGGUUCAACAAAAGGGAGGCGAGAGUGAGGCCGAUAAUGACAAGGUAAGUGCGAGUGAGAGCUCUUUAUGCACGACUGAGGAGGAAGAAGAAGACGAUGACAGUCAUCAGAUUGAGGUUGGGCCUCAAUGCAGCCUCAAAGAACAAAUCGAGAAGGAUAAGGAUGAUGAAAGCCUGAGGAAGUGGAAGGAACAGCUUCUUGGGAAUGUGGAUGUGAACAAAGUUGGAGUAAUGCAAUGCAAAUUAACGAGGCAGAAAGUUGUUUAUGACAUCCGUUCUCAAGAAGCCAAGAAAGCAGGGAGUCCUUUUCUGAUCCCUUCCUCUGUUCAUCUGUGGCUUUCAUUUUCCAAUGAUUUUGUCCUUCGUUUUCUGUUAGAUGAGUUUUGUGCACUGGAAAAUUGCUUUGUUGUUCCAUUCAUUGCAGAAAAAUUGGAACCAGAGGUGAAGAUUCUUAGUCUUUCCAUUGUCACUGCUGAUCGACCUGACAUUGUUCUUCCUAUUCCUGAAGAUGGAAAGCCCAAAGGUUCAUGGUUUACUUUGAAAGAAGGUAGUCGCUACAGCUUGAAAUUUUCUUUCCAAGUCAGCAACAACAUUGUAUGUGGGCUGAAGUACACAAACACUGUAUGGAAAACUGGUAUGAAAGUGGACAGCACAAAAGAGAUGCUUGGAACUUUUAGUCCUCAACAAGAUCCUUAUACACAUGUCAUACCUGAAGAAACCACUCCCACAGGCUUUUUUGCUAGGGGUUCAUAUACUGCCAAAACAAGGUUUGUCGAUGAUGACAACAAAUGCCAUUUGGAGAUUGACUACACAUUUGACAUCAAGAAGGAUUGGGCCACCCCUUAA